GUAGAUAGGGGAUCUCCGGUACGUUUAAAUGGUGGGAAUUUAAGGCGUGCUGCUGCCAGACAAGUUUUUACGUUCGUUUGAUAAACACAGCCAUUGUUUACGCUGUCCGAAAAGCUAAUAAUAAAGCGUGUGGCAGAUUGAUACGAAUUCAAUUGACUUGACUUUAUAACAAUUCAAUCAAUGGGUGCUAAAAACAACAACAAAGACGAUACUUCAUCAAUUGUUCCGAAAUGGAUUGAAGCAAGUCUCUUUGAAGGAGCUCUAAAGGAAGUGGAAUCGGAAUUUAAAGAAAUCGUUAAUUUCAAAGCCAAAGGUGCUUUGGCGCCGGGAGAGAAUUAUUGCACCAUUAUGCUCAAAGCGGAAUUUAUCAUUAAAUUAAAGGAUGAGUCAACAAAACCCCUAAGUUUUAUGUUAAAAGUUGGUCACGACACUGACCUAUUCCGUGAAAUGAUGGAAGGUCAUAAUAUAUUUGGUGCCGAAAGUGGGAUGUAUCGUGAGGUAGUACCGGAACUAGAAAAAAUAUAUUCUGAUGCCGGUGUCAAUGUGAAAUUUGGAGCAAAAUCCUAUACAUUAGCCACAGAUCAAUCCUACAUUCUGCUGGAGAACCUCAAAGAAAAAGGUUUCCGAAAUGCCAACCGCUUGGAUGGCCUUGAUAUGGAUCAUACUAAAUGUGUUUUGGAGAAAAUGGCCCAAUGGCAUGCUGCCUCAGCUGUACGAGUUGCCAGCAAAGGCAUGUAUUCGGAUCUUUACAGCGAAGGCUAUAUUCGACCAAAAUCUUUUGAUUUGAUCAAGGGAAUGUAUGAAUCUUCAGAAAAGAUAUUUUUGGAAUGUGUCAAAGAGUAUUCCAAUUCCGAUUUGUAUUACGGCAAAGUUGUAGAAAUGUAUCAAAAGGUUGCCGUGGAAAUGUUCAAAACAGCCGACACUAAGCGCGACAGUGAGUUUAGUGUUCUCAAUCACGGCGAUGCCUGGGUUAAUAAUAUUAUGUUCUGUCAUGACGAAGAGGCGGGCAAGAUACUUGAAACUUAUUUUGUGGACUAUCAAAUACCGAGAUAUGCAUCACCCGCCCAAGAUUUGUGGUAUUUCAUAUUAUCCUCGGCUCAAUAUGAAAUCAAGUUGCAACAAUUUGAUUACCUCAUUGCCUUCUAUCACCAGCAUUUGGAGAAGAAUUUAAAACUGUUGAAGUAUCCAAAGAAAAUACCCUCACUCAAGGAUCUGCAUUUAAUGCUGUACAAGGAUGGAAUAUGGGCUUUUAGCACCGUGACCGGCGUCAUGUCCGCCGUUCUAUGUGAUCCAAAUGAAAAUGCAAGUCUGGAUAAUUUUAUGGGCGAAUCGGAUGCUGGCGUUGCAUUCAAACGACAAAUGUAUUCAAAUCCCCGCUACCGCAAACACAUGGAAGCUAUAUUGCCAUGGCUAUUGUAUCGAGGCCUGCUUGAUUACUAAGCAUCUGUAUGGAGAGGGGAGAGAGAGAGAGAGCAAUUAGUUAAACUAAUUUUAAUUAGAACAAUUUUAAGUUUCUUUGCGUUUGUUGAUUUUGUAACAAGUGCAUCUAAUUACUUAAUAAAUAAA